AGAAACUGAGUAGUAACAGGGUAUCGCCGUAGCCAGUGAUACUGAACAUCCAUAACGCAAACAACAGAGGUGCCAGGCACAACCUAACCCGACCAGGCUGUGUUACUAACGUCAAUACACCGGUAUUCUAACCCUAGCAAUACCGUUUCCUGGAGCUAGGCACAACCAAGACGCACGACCGGCGAAAUUAAUGGUGCAAUGACGAAAGCGUUUGUUCAGCUUAGGUGACAAGAUACCAUAGAUAGGCAAGUUAUAUAGACCGUCGAUAAUUUAACGAGCGUACGUGUCGUUUCUUUCUACUAGUAGUAGUAGUAGGAAACUAAAGUCAUCGUCAAGUAUGGCUAUUUGCUGCUGGUGUUGCAAGUUGUGUACAGUACUUGUAGUUGUUUUGAUUGUCGGGUUGGCGAUACGGCGUACGUUCUACACUGUCACGCCUCCGCUACCCGAUCUGAGCAACAGUUGGUGGGGCAGAGAUGCUAGAGGAAUUCACGAGGACAACUCCAUCGGUGACUUUUCUGUCCGAUUUUCGUCAGCUGUCAUUAAUGAUUUAUACGCACGACUCAACCGCACAAAGUUGACAGAUUCUUUGCCCGAUGUGAAGUUUCGAUACGGCAUCAACUCUGAGACGAUGCGUCACAUCGUUAGGUACUGGCGAGAGACAUACAACAUGGAUAGAGCGCAGCUAGAACUAAAUAAAUAUGAUAACUUUUUGACUAAAUUAGACGGCAUAGACGUACAUUUCGUUCACGUCAAACCGAAGUCAAGUUACAAGAAUGUGACGCCUCUGCUAAUGGUACAUGGCUGGCCGGGAAGCUUCUACGAGUUCUACAAGAUCAUCCCGCUGCUCACCGAUCCAUUGGCUCACGGUGGAAAAAAAGAUGACCCUGUUUUCGAGAUAAUUUGCCCUUCUAUUCCAGGAUACGGGUUUUCUGAAGCCCCGCAUAAGGAAGGUUUCGCAGGAAUGCAUGCAGCUCGGAUGUUUAAUGAACUGAUGCGCAGACUUGGUCAUAGACAUUAUUAUGUACAAGGUGGUGACAUGGGCUCAUUGAUCGUGUCCGAGAUUGCAAUCUUAUAUCCUGAAAGAGUUAAAGGAGUGCAUGUGAAUAUGCCCAUCACCGUGCCAAAUGCGUGCUACUUCACGAAACUUCUCGUGGGGUCCAUCUUCCCGAGUUUGGUGUUUAACAAGGAUGAUCUGUGGAAGGUCUACCCGUUGUUCGAGAAAAUGACCGUCCUGUUAGAAGAGACAGGCCAUGCUCACGUGCAUGUCACCAGACCCGAUACAAUUGGAGUUGGCUUGAGUGACAGUCCUGCGGGAUUGGCCGCCUGGAUCAUUGAGAAAUUUGCUGUCUGGACUAAGCUGUCUAACAUCCACGAUAACGAUGGAGGACUGGCCACGCAGACGUUUACCUUAGAUGAGCUGCUCCACAACGUCAUGAUAUACUGGGUGACGGACAGCAUUACGACAUCCAUGAGGCUCUAUAAAGGAGUGUUCUACUCAGAUGCUGAGCAUGGGCUGACAAGGCAUCACCAGGUAUCUGUUCCCAGCGGCUAUGCAGCAUUUCCGGAGGAGCUUGUUGUAUAUCCAGAGACACUGGUGCGUCACGAGUAUCCGAACCUUGUUCACUACACGGACAUGCCGACCGGUGGUCACUUUGCAGCGUUUGAGCAGCCGCAGCUAUUGGCUAAUGACAUCCGCAAGUUUGCUCAAACCGUUGAAGGUUUGGCAGCAUCUAAUGGAAAAGAGGAACUUUGAGCAUUUCCUCGGGUCUUCACGGUCCGGAGAGUCAUUACAAAUAAGCAUUUGUCACGCUAGGAAAUCUAUGCUUGUUUCUGAAAGAAGAAUCUCCUUAUUUAGCUGCUGCAUCACUGCUUGUCUUCGGUUUGAUGGUUUUUGUCUCUGGUAUCUGACAAUUUAGGUACAUGUAAACAAAAAUCUCCAGUCUCUAUUUUCACAGACAUUUGCAUUGUCACAUUUUGUGGGAUUGCAUUGUCUAGUGGUUAAUCACAUCUCGACUAGAGUACACAGUCUAGGUCAAUUCCUGUAUUGUAAAAAUUCACACACAUAUUGUACCAAUGAUGAAAAUUUCCUAGUCUGCUCAUAGGGUUGACAGAGUGUCCAACCUGUAGACUAAAGCUGCGUUUACACUAUCGAUUUUUGUCAGCAAAUCGUACCGAUUUCAAGUGCAUUCCAACUUGCCCCCGACUUG